CCGCGAAAUUGUUUCUUGGAGUUGAGAGAAGUGCUGCACACAGUAAAAUAGGACAAGUUGACGCAUGUGUGGGAGCGCACAGAGAGACGGGAUAAACGCGGGGACAGCAGCUCAAUCGAUCGCCGUUUUGCUGUUCUGAUCCCAUUCGGGCAUCCUCUGCUUAAUCCAGCGAGACGGGGGACGAUUCAGACUGUUAUCUCUCCUCGGGGGGUGUUUAUUUAUCCGCCCUACACCUCAGUAAGAAAACGCACCCUUUGCGGAAUGGUCACAUUGAGGACGACACGUGUGGAUGGUUAACCACAUGUUUCCUGGGAACAAGGCCGUGUGAUUAUUUUAUUGUCGGCGUAUUUUGGGGGGGAUUGAUUUGAAAGAUUUAAUUACGCCAUUCCGGUACGGGACAGGGAUUUGCUCUAGUGAUGUCGGAGGUUGAUUUCUCCGCAGAGUGCCUCUCCAGCCGACCCCCGGGACUGCCAGAGGACACGCUGAAAGAGACCCAAGAGAACAGGACUUUACUGAUGGUGGCAAUGAUUUUACUGGACUUGAACAAAUGCAAUCCCAACGCUAUCAGUGGGGGAGGAAGCAGAUGUCUGGGGGGAGGCGACGCCGGCGCGCAGGACAAGGUGGAGCGGGGCGGUUGCCGGUUGAACACCGGAGAGACUCGGGGCUCGGCGGCACCAAAACAGUCUCGGAAUAAAAAGACGGCGGCAGUAAGGCAGGAGUGCCCCGAGAAGCGGCACUGCUGCCCUUUUACCGGCUGUGGGAAAAUUUAUGGCAAAUCGUCCCACCUCAAAGCCCACCUUAGGGUCCAUACGGGUGAGCGGCCGUUCGAGUGCACCUGGCCGGACUGCGGCAAGAAGUUCUCGCGAUCAGACGAGCUGACGCGUCACUACCGCACGCACACGGGCGAGAAGCGCUUCACCUGCCCGCUGUGCGACAAGUGCUUCAUGAGGAGCGACCACCUGACGAAGCACGCCCGCCGACACGCAGGCUUCCACCCCAGCAUGCUGCAGGGCACCGGGGCGGCCAAGAGGCGCCGCUGCUCCGUGUCUGUCUCCUCGUCCGACUCCGGAGACCAGAGCCCCGCCGGGAUGUGAGACACACACACUGCAACAACACACACGCACACACGUCCUCACGGUUAUAUGCGCACACAGGCAUGUGUGGGCUACAAAGACACGCCCACACAUGCGCGUGUUGUCUUUCCACACACGGCAGAAAGUCACAGUGCUGACUACUGAACCAGCACUCUGCAAAUGUUAGACGACAAACAGAGAAAGACUUUUCACAAGUUCCAGCCUCCCCAUCCUGUUGCCAAGGUGACUCAAUGGAUAUUUCAGUUUUCCUAAGGGUCUUUCUGAUAGCUUCAGCUGAUUUGUCUGAUAUGAUUUUUCUAAAUAAAAUAUGGCAUCAUAGCAGUAGUCAUGGUACUUAUAUGAUCUUUGACAAACUAGAAUCAAAGUGUCACUUUGCAUGACUGACUUAGUGUGUGUGUGUGUGGCCAUGUGCAGAUACAUAUUAUUUGCUGAAGGACUGUUUCCAGGACCUCUUAGUCAAGUAUCAAUAUUUGAUUUAAUGUGUGUUGACAAACUGAACAGACCAUUAAAAUAACAGUGUUGUCAAUAUUAUUAUAAAGCCACCACCACCACCACCACCACCACCAUCAUCAUCAUCAUCAUCAUCAUCAUCAUCAUCACACACACACACACACACACACACACACACACACUGUUCUUUGACAGUUACUCUCCACUGCAGGACAAGGUGAAUGUAUAGCAGUAUUCUGAUGUAAAUAGAUUAAACACACUACCUUUCCAAUGAAUGAUAUUGUAUACUUAUAUUGUUAAAUGUGGAUAAUUACAUACUAUGAUAAGACAAUGCUCUAAUUCAGAAUGAAUGAGCUUGGGAAUUUAAUUUCAUAUAUUUGGCUGUGUACUUAGUAAAUCAGGUACUGUGGGCUUGUAGGUCUAGGGCUCUAGGCAGUGUGUUUUCUCUUUCUAGAUUGUGUUAUUACUUCAGUAAACUUUUUCGUUUGUUGUUUUGUAAAUGAUUACACCAAAAUACCUUACAGUCCUUUGACAAGACCACACUACGUUUGUGAAUCUCAUGGGAUAUUUUUUUUUUUCCAUAUUUCAUACAUUUCAAGAAGGAAUUUGUAACAGUGUUGCCUUUGCAAAAGUUGAGGUCAGAAACGCUUUUGGAUCUCAAGAAAUUGCCUCAUGUGCAGUGAAAGUGUUCCAGGUUUCAGCUGGAAUUGAAAAAGACUGUGCCUUUCUGGGGUUUUGUAGCAGCAAGGCAUUUCUACAUUGUUCAACCUGUGGAAAUAUCGACCACCUUGAAUGAACGACAUCAGAUUCCUGUUGAUAUUCAAGCCUUUGAAUGUCGAUGUGAUUUGUCUCUUACGCCAACAGGGCCAGUUACUGUGUACUGAAAUGGACUUUUUUUUACUCUCUUAAGAUUACAUUGUAUCAGGGAAUAAUGUUCAUACAUGUUCACUUAAAUCCACUUUACACCCCCUGGUGGUGAUUUGGAAGCAUAACAUUUCUCUCAACACAAGAAAAGGUUUUGGUUGCAUCUUUUUCUUAUGUUCUGUAAUAGCAUUUUUUCAUGUACUCUUAUAUUUGUGAAUCAACUAAUUCCAUCAUGUAGCAUGCUUGAAUGUUGUUUGAUAGAGUAUUUUUUUUUUAUUUGUCUGGUAGUCAUUUGUAAUAUUGCUAAUGGGAUGGCAGGUGUUAUUUGUUCACUUGGCUGAGCUGUAAAUGAGAUGAUGUCAGGCGAUGAAAUUGUUCUGUCAGUUCUUGCCCAUGUAAUGCAUUGAAAACGUCCAGGUAGAGUGUAAAGUUAUACAGGUACACACUACACCUGUAAAGUUAAGUGGUGUAUUUCUUUUUCAGCAUUACAUGACAACUGUGAUUAGAUGUUGGUGCCUUUCAGCUUGAAGCCCUUACAUUUGAUGCAACUGUACUGUAAUCAGGGACUGUCACCGCAGACCCACAGAUCUGUUAUCAGAUGUACAUAGCUGUGUAAUUACUGCUUAAAACAUUUAACAUUAAAGCUACUUUCCUUUCUAAA